AGAGAGAGAGAGAGAGAGAGAGAGAGAGUGAGGUGAGGACUGGGGAGAGGAGAGAGUAAGAAGGUGAAGUGGGUCAGAAACACACGUCGUCUUCAGGCAAAAUCCAUGUGCCCACAUGGAAGAUAGGGAGAGCACCAGAGCAGAGCUGCACCUGCACUUCUAGUAUUUAGUACCACUCUCUGCUUCUUCUUCCACUCCUCGGUGACGCCAUUAGUACACAAAAACCGUAAGCUAGCUAGCACCACGUACACAAACCGCAGAGACACACUUCUCUUCUCUGUCUCUAUCUGUACGCAUCUGAAUAUUCAUUCAUAGCCUGAAGAAAUGAAGGAGAAGAACGACACCGGCGGCGGCGGAGGUGGAGGUGGGUAUGUGAGGGCGGACCAGAUAGAUCUGAAGAGCUUGGACGAGCAGCUCCAGAAGCAUCUGAGCAGGGCGUGGACUAUGGAGAAGAACAAGAACAGAGAGCAGGAACAGGAACAAGAAGCAGAACUCGAAGCAGCUAGAAGGGUGGUGGUGGGGCUCGGCAGGAGACAAGAGUGGGAGAUUGAUCCUUCCAAGCUCAUCGUCAAGGGAGCAAUCGCCAGAGGCACCUUCGGCACCGUCCACCGCGGCAUUUACGACGGCAUAGACGUCGCCGUUAAACUUCUGGAUUGGGGAGAAGAAGGCCAUAGAUCUGAUGCUGAAAUAGCUUCUCUAAGAGCAGCUUUUACUCAAGAAGUUGCUGUCUGGCAUAAGCUUGAUCAUCCUAAUGUAACCAAGUUUAUAGGAGCAACAAUGGGAACAUCGGAGCUCAACAUACAAACAGACAAUGGCCAGGUUGGCAUGCCAAGUAAUGUUUGUUGUGUUGUUGUCGAGUAUUGUCCUGGUGGUGCCCUGAAAUCUUACCUCAUAAAGAACCGUAGAAAGAAGCUGGCUUUCAAAGUAGUACAUCAACUGGCACUAGAUCUUGCUCGAGGUUUAUGCUAUCUCCAUUCACAGAAGAUUGUCCACAGAGAUGUUAAAACAGAAAACAUGCUUCUGGACAAGAAAAGUACUGUAAAGAUAGCCGACUUUGGGGUUGCUCGUGUGGAGGCCUCAAAUCCUAAUGACAUGACAGGCGAGACUGGAACCCUUGGUUACAUGGCACCAGAGGUUCUCAAUGGCAACCCAUAUAAUAGGAAAUGUGAUGUGUACAGUUUUGGCAUAUGCUUGUGGGAAAUAUACUGCUGUGACAUGCCAUAUCCUGACCUUAGUUUCUCGGAGGUGACAUCAGCUGUUGUCCGUCAGAAUCUGAGGCCAGAGAUACCUCGUUGCUGCCCUAGCGGUCUUGCAAAUGUUAUGAAGCGAUGUUGGGAUGCUAACCCUGAUAAGCGCCCCGAGAUGGAUGAGGUAGUUGCAAUGUUGGAGGCUGUCGACACAACCAAAGGUGGAGGUAUGCUCCCUCAUGAUCAUCCUCAGGGUUGCCUCUGCUUCCGAAGGUACCGAGGACCUUGAAAGAUCUUCUCCUUUGUGAUGCAAGAGUGGAAUUAUUCUGCAAAUCAUUGAAUUUGAUAGACCUGAGAAUUAAGAGUGAGUGGAUACAAAAUUGUGGAGGCUGUAGGCUAAGAGGAGCUCUGCACUAUGUUACUUUGCUGGACAACAGAUUUGUAAAGCUUUUCCUUCUUUUUGUCUAGUUAGUCUCCUAUCUAUGAAAAUGCAUGUAAUUUCACAAGGUGGUUACUCAGGAGUAAAUGGACCAAUUAUCAGAGCUUCCAUACAUGAAUUAAAAUUUUCAUGGAAGAUGUUUUUUCUGAUUAUG